AUGCCGGAUAUGCUGACUGUCGAGGUGGUCGAGACCGGUCCCAGCCGUGGCUCGGGCACCGGCGGCGCUACCAAGCCUGCCUUCCUGGCCGGCGGCGUGCGCGUUCUUGUCCCGGAGUACAUCACCACCGGCGAGCGCAUUGUCAUCCGCACUGAGACCAUGGAGUUCAACCGCCGUGCCACCGACUAA